AUGUUAAUUAAAUCUCAGUUGGGAGAAGAUAAAAGAAGAUUCAGACUCAAGGAAGCUAGCUUUCCAUGUCUAUGCUUUACAAUUUCAUCGCUAUAUUGUCUCUCUAGUGACUCAAUAUACACAAUAUCCUAUUUAGAUGAUGAAAAUGAGUAUGUUACCUUGGCGUCAACAGAGGAUCUCAAAGAAGCUCACUCAAUAUCGCCCACAAUGAUAAAAAUAUUAAUUAUCAAGUGUGAUAUAAAUAGAAAUAGUAAUAAUAAUAUUAAUAAUAAUAGUAAUAUAUCUGAUAUUAAUAACUGUAAUAAUGUAAAUAGUAACAAUACAAACAAUAAUAGUAAUAAUAAUAAUAGUCAAAAUAGAAAAGCUGGAAAUAUUGAAGAUAUUGCAUUGUCAAUGCUGUCAAAUGAUAAGAUUGUUUCCAGCAUUAAUUCACUAUUGUCAAAUACUUUGACAGAUUAUUUACCAUCCAUUAUAAACACAACAAUUCCCUAUACAAUUCCAAUUCUUGUUUCAACAAUUUCCAAUAUGAAAAAGAAUGGUGAUAGCGAUCCACUUUGUUUAGAUGUACCAAUAAGCUCAAGGGAAAAGAGAUUCUCUUGUUCUGCCGAAGAGAAGUUUUUAGAGCCACUACGAUCAUCUCAGACCCUGUUGAAUGGAAGUGGUGUUAUCACCUCACUCAACGGACUAAACAACAACUUUAAUAAUAUCAUAAACAACAAUAGUCAUAGCUCAAUACUAUCACAUUCACUACCUGUAUAUUCACAAACACCAACAUCAUCUAUUCAACCGGCUGCAGAAGUCACUGUAUCAUCGAACCAAACCAACUCCUCACCUCUCAAAGACUCUACUCAAGAUUUGAUUCUACCUCCACCACCAUCUGCCACACCAUCGGCCACUUCCUACCGAAAAUCCAGUUCACCGAUCCCAUUUUUGUUUGGAAGCAGAAACGACAAUCAAGUGGUACCAGAGUCUAGCUUCAGACCUAUCUCACCAGUCACCACAGAACUCAUCAAUCAAACCGCUACUGAAAAUUCAUCACCCAAUAGAAAGAGAACUACUUCGCUAAAGACUUUUUUCACCUCUAUUCUCAGCAGUUCAUCCAGUAUCUCAAACAACAACAAUAAUAAUAACAAUAAUAUAAGUAGUAAUAGUAAUACUAUCAACACAAAUACCAUCAGUAAUGGAACUAUUGCUGAAGAGCCAAGCACUCCAAAGCAACAGACCCAAUCCAGUGAUAACCCAUUCAUUAAUCAACCUACCCUUGAACAAAUUGUUUCUUAA